UAUGUGAGUCCUUCGAAUUAAUAAUGGCGAAAAAGGAAUUAAAACGUAAACGAAUCGAUAAUCUUAAUAAAGAAAAUAUACCACAACCCGAAGUUUUACCAGCAAAAAGAAUAUCCGAUGAGCCGCCACCAAAAAAGAUAAAAUGGAUUAAUAAGCAAAGAGUGUUAGUAUUUGCUACUAGGGGAAUCAGCUAUAGACAUCGUCAUCUCAUGGAUGAUUUAAAAACUCUUAUGCCUCACCAUCGCCCUGAAUCUAAAAUAGAACGUACUAAAAAUUUACAAGUGAUUAAUGAAAUAUGUGAAAUGAAAAAUUGCAAUAAAUCAAUAUUAUUUGAAGGCAGAAGAAAAAGGGAUUUAUAUUUAUGGUUUUCUAACAUUUCGGUAGGACCAUGUGCAAAAUUUCUUGUUGAAAAUAUUUAUACUAUGGCAGAAUUAAAAAUGACUGGAAAUUGUUUAAGAGGUUCUAGACCAUUGUUAUCAUUUGAUGAGAAUUUUAACACAAAACCACAUUAUGGUUUGUUGAAAGAAUUGUUUGUUCAAAUCUUUGGUGUUCCUAAUCAUCAUCCUAAGAGUCAACCAUUUUUUGACCAUAUAUAUACAUUCACUAUAUUAGACAAUAGAAUAUGGUUUAGAAAUUUUCAAAUUUUAACAGAAGAUGGAGGUUUAGCUGAAAUAGGUCCAAGAUUUGUAUUAAAUCCAAUAAAAAUAUUUGCUAAUAGCUUUAGUGGAGAAGUACUUUGGGAUAAUCCUUCUUAUAUAUCCCCUGCUAAGUUUCGACAGUCUUUGAAGAAGAAUAUUGCUGGUAAAUACAUAAAUAAGGUAGAACAGAAAGUGGCACAAGAGAGUAGUAAACCAAAGGAAUCAUAUUCAUUAAAUCCCAUGGAUGAAAUAUUUAAAGGUGAUCCAUUAGAGAAAGCAAUAGAAUUACAACAGAAAGAAACAAAAGAAGUACAGGCUAAUGAUAAUGGAAAGAGAAAAAAAAUUAAGAUGCGAUUAGGGAAGAAGAUAAAAAAAAAUAAUUCUAAAAAGAAAAAAAAGGAAUUAAUACUGUAACAUUGCAUUCAAAAGUUUCUAUUAUAUUGUAAUAAUAUUACGUUAAUAAAAUUUUGUUUAACUAUUUCAUAAA